CAUGAAUGCAAUGAUAACAACAUAUUCGAACGGCAACAAAGGCCAAUAAAACCCUAGGGAGAACCAAAAAAUUCCACCAAAAUGGCCCAAGAUUCAAAGCCACAACCAUUCAUUCCGCAUGAAAUCGUUGUGAAAAUACUCUCAAGACUCCCCGUAAAGUCCCUGUUACAGUUGAGGUGCGUUUCCAAAUUAUGGCGUUCUUUAAUUUCUAGCCCUCAAUUCGCCAAAACCCAUCUAGAUGUAUCAAGCAAAAACAAAGAUUAUGCUAAGCAUAGGCUCAUUUUCAUCUCUGCUUGCUAUCGUUAUUGUCUCAAAACUUGUUCUCUUCAAUCUAUGUUGUAUGAACCCUCUGUCACUGCUAUUGAUGUGGAAUGUCCUAUCAGUGAGUAUUCGCUUGUGGGUUGUUGUAAUGGAUUAGUUUGUAUUGCUGUCAAUUAUGAAAGCAUAUUUUUGUGGAACCCAUCUACGAGGGAAUCCAAGAAAUUGACUGAUUAUGGCGUUACAUUGAAAAAUAUCGAUAGUAUUGCGCUUGGAUUUGGUUAUGAUGAGAGUAGUGAUGAUUAUAAAGUGGUGGGGAUUUUUGUAGAUUGGUGUAAUUGGGACUCGUAUGAGAAUGAAGUCCAGGUUUAUAGUUUAAGGACUGAUACUUGGAAGAGGAUCGAGCAAUUUCCUGGUGGUACUUCUGUUGAUUUUCGGGGUAAGCUUGCUAGUGGGGCACUCCAUUGGGCAUGGGGUAGUGAUAUGCAAUCAACAGAUUGGGUCAUUGUUUCUCUCGACUUAGCCAAGGAGAUGUCCAGGACGAUAGCACAACCCAACUAUGUAAAUGAUGAAUUUUCUUCGAUGUUAGGGGUUUUAGGAGAAUGUCUUUGUAUACUGCGUCAAUAUGGAAAUUUUGCAGAGCUAUGGGUGAUGAAGGAAUAUGGAAAGAGCGACUCUUGGUCUAAAAUAGCUACCAUGUCAUAUUCGAUGUUUCCUAAGUUGCGAAACCAGUAUGAUACACCAAUUUGCAUUUCAGAGGAUGGUAAACUUUUGCUCAGUAUGAGGAGAGAAGUAGGACUGUACAAUCCAAAGGAUAAUACGGUGGAGUAUCCUGAGGUUCAUAACUCUGGUGCUUGUUUUGAACACAUGACCUAUGUUGAAAGCCUAGUUUCACCAAAUGUGGACAAGGGGGCUGAGAGACAGCAACAAUAACAAAGGAAAAAAAGGUGUUUGGCUCUUGCAUUGUGGUCUGGAAGUACAAAUGUAAGUCGGGGACUUGGCUUUUUUGGUGGAAGAUGGUAAAGGCCCAGAUGAGUCACUUUUACAAGGAUUUAGCUCUGCUCAAGCACAUACAACUAAACUUGGCAGCUUAGUUAUAUUUUGCACUUCAUUUUGCUUGUAUUUUGGGUUCCAACUUAUAGAAGUAUGGUACUAGUACUAUAAUUCUAAGAUUGAAGGAUUGUAACCAGUACAUGUGGCUGAUACAUGGGAUUCGAUGAUUCAUUUUGUCAUGCUUCCUAUUGGAAUAAUUGUUUUUGAG